UUUUCUGAUUUUGGAUUCAGGUGCCCCCCACAAUUUGCAAGCGAGGGAUCUGGAAAAACAAAUCAACCAUUUGAUUUCUUGCAACUCAAUUGAUUUGGUUUCCGUGGUUUUCAACAGAUUCAGACCUCUAUUGCUUUCUUCAAUGGCUUCUUCUACUUCCAUUACUCCCUCUUAUUUUGCUUCCACCAGCCGUCACCACUUCCCCUUUAACCUCAGCUCUUCAUGGAUCUCAUUUCCAUUGAAAUUUGCCUCCUCUAGCCUUCCUAAACGCCCUCCUCUCACUCUCAAACCAUUCUCUUCUCCUCAAUCCAAAGCUGCAGUUGUUACUAAAGACACAUGGGAGAAAUCAAUAGUAGAAAGCGAUUUGCCUGUUCUUGUUGAAUUUUCUGCAAGCUGGUGUGGCCCCUGUAGAAUGGUUCACCAGAUUAUUGAUGAGAUUGCAGGGGAGUAUGCUGGGAAACUCAACUGCUUUAUUCUCAAUACCGAUAUUGACUUUCCAAUUGCAGAGGAUUAUGAAAUUAAGGCUGUACCGGUCGUGUUGCUGUUCAAAAAUGGAGAGAAACGAGAGACUGUUGUCGGUACCAUGCCGAAGGACUUCUAUAUAGCUGCCAUAGAGAGGGUUCUGAAGUUGUAAACAAUGAUAUAGUGCGUAACUAGAAUCUCUGGUGAAGGUUUCAGCUUUUCUUGCCUAUAUAUGUUGUUAGCUGGAUUAUCAAUGCAUAAAUUGUACAUCCUUAAAUAUCUUGCUGGUUGCUGUUAACACC